CCGCCCUUCACCACGCCCACCACUGACCGCGCGCAUCCACGCUCUUUGACUCUCGACAUUCACCCAUAAUACCGCAUCUGGCACCCACGCUCUUUCUUGCUACCGCGACAGCAUAGCUUAAUCGCCCCUUUCCCCGCCUAUUCCACCAACACAUGCCCGCUUACGGCUCGCUGGGCGGCUCUCCUUCACUACGCAAAAUGGAAAACGGAGGCUACGGCCAGAGGUCGUCGGGCUUCAGCAUGAGCCGCAUCAUCGGAGAUCCCUUUGCGCUGGCCACCAUAUCGAUUGGCAUUCUUGCCUGGGUCAUCGCCUUUGUCAGCUCCAUAAUAUCAGCCAUCCACGGCGGCUUCCCCAACUUCGCCUGGUGGACGCUCGUCUUCAUGUUCUUCUGCAUUGCGGGCGUCACCGUCACAGUCGCCUCGGAUGCUGAGAGGACGUACCAUGUCGCAAUCGUGGGCUUUCUUGCCGCCGGCCUGGUCUUCACCACCUCAUCUGUCAACUCGCUCGUCUACUCACCCGUCGCUCCCUUUGAAGCCGCGGCUGCCGGCUACAUCCUCCUCUCCAUGAUCGCCAUCGUCUGGAUCUUCUACUACGGAUCGCAACCGCAAGCUAGCCACCGCGCCUUUGUCGACUCCUACGCCCUGCACAAGGAGCACCCUGGCUCGCGCUCUUCCCGCCCCAUCUCCAACGGUUACACCAACCGGCCCGAAACCCAAACCGCCAACAUCCCCCCGCAGAUGUACACUUCCGCCCAACUAAACGGCUUCGAAACUUCGUCCCCAGUCUCCGGCUACCCCGGCGGUCCCGUCGGCGCGAACGGCCGCAACAGCUCAGCCCCCCAAUUCGGCGGCAUGAACAACAACGUCUCGACACCCACCAACGACGACGCAAACAACCAGCAAGAAGCUUCCAUCGAAUACCCAUACCGCGCCAAGGCCAUCUACAGCUACGAAGCCAACCCCGACGAUGCAAACGAGAUCAGCUUCCAAAAACACGACAUCCUCGAAGUCUCAGACGUGAGCGGACGGUGGUGGCAGGCCAAGAAACCAAACGGCGAGACGGGUAUCGCGCCCAGCAACUAUCUCAUCCUGUUAUAAGAGAAGAGAAGAGAAAGGGCAUGGAGAGACUGGUUCUCUUACACCAAACCCUUCUUUACGACCCUGCCACGAAUGUUUCCUUGCCUGUCAACUUUCUACUCUACACUUCCCAUGUGCCACUAAGCUGCCAUUUUCUCAAAGGGAUGGCUUGCUCGCUUCGUCAGUCAGCUACAAACGCGGAUGCUCAGCUGGAAAAGGAGAAUAUAUGUGAGGUGUUUUUAGGGGAUUGGAUAUUUGACACCGUGUAACAGAAA